CGGUCAUAACGUCAAAAUUUGAAAUUCACAAAUCGUAUCCAAUUACGAAGUACUCAGUACGAAAAAUCCCGAAGGCACCCCGCAAAUGAAUCGUUGUCGCCAGCCGCGUCGGUCCGCCCGUCGAGUGCGUCGCUCGCGUUCCAGGAACUCCGCGGUUAAAGAGGAGGAGACGGGGGACGAGGAUACUCAGCUGAUCAUCGAGCUUUCGGAAGAUGGCAGUGUGGAAGUUAUAUCCGAGAAUCUACGCAUUCUGCAGGACUCCGAGCAGGGUGUGGGUACGGAGCGCAAUAUAACCUACUAUCCGUUGCCUGCAACCAUUUACGAUGGCACCUAUCGGCACGAUCGGCUCGGAUCACCGGAAUCCGAGGGAACCUUCACAGCGGAAGGUGCCGCCUCGAAAGCCAGCGGCGAAUGGGAACCAGUGGUUACGGAGGAUGGGCUGGAAGGUGGAAAUGAUCGUAGCAUUUCGAUUGCCGGGCGGGUUGAGGGUCACGCCGUUGGAGCUAUUGUGGAGGGAAGCACAACGAUUUUGUUGCAGCUGUCCACCAGCGAGGCGAGCGCGAGGUACCAACGGGUGGCGGAUUGGUUGCGAGAGGUCAACGAGAUGCUGGGAAACGACGAGAGCGGGGAGUCUGUUUGUCACGACGACGAGGGAAGCCCUUGCAGUGCGGAACAAGAGAUCAUGAACCGAAGGAAAGCGACUCGGCGAAUGCGCGAAGUAACGAUGGAUAUUCUAGAGCGAGUGCAAGGCACUCCGAGGGAAUCAACGCUGAUGAAACUUCAAACGACACUCGAGGAGAUUUUGGACUACCUAGGGGACAAGAUCGUUGUUCAUUCGCAUUCGAGAUUGAACCCGGUAACAGCAUCGGCCGCUAGAACGGAAGGGAUUGUGGGGUAUUACGGAGAUGGCGAUGAAACCGCCAUCUUGGUACAGCCUGUGCGUUCCACAGAUCCAGUUGGUCAGGGUUUUGCAAGUAGGAGUGAUGGUGAUCGUAUCUCCGUAGAUCUUCUGGAAGGUUUCUUGAGGGAAUCGAUGGUCAGCCAGGAAAAUAUUAUUGAACAGACGUUAUCUACAGAACCCCACGUAACGGCGUUCGCAUCAGGCGAGCGUAUUGUUGGCGUGUUGAGCUUCCCGAACACGUCUUCUGGUGCGGUUAUAACCAGUUCCAAAAGCCUCCAGGAGAUGGACAGUAAAACGUUGACGGAACAGUUUCGAAAACUAGUUCACGAAUCCUACCAGAAAUUAUUAGUGCAAGCUCAUUCAAAGGCGGAAUGUAGCGGCUUCAUAGAACAGAUCAAACAGGAACUUGAUCAGUCUUUGGUAAAUAAUGGGGCCGGCUGCUCUACCAUCAUACAAACCGUCAGUAAAAAUUGGAUUAAAACCAAAUCCAACGCAAGCCCUGCCGAUCUUGUACACGAUCUUCGAAUGCUGAUCGAACAAUUCAUUUUAAACAACGUUUUGGAUGAGAGAGAUAUGAAGUGCAUUGCGGCAACAAUUGGCCAAGUGUUCCAUAGCGAACAGAAAACACUAUCCUAUGAAUUCAAAAGCAGUACAGUACUCGACAAAAUCCGUACCAUAACACAGCAGUUAAUGAACCCAUCGGAGGACGAAAAUCAUCUUCUCAUCAUAAACCAAAUCCGGGAAACACUAGAGGAUAUAGUUAGAUGUCAAAUGACAGGAAAACGCCCGACUGAUUACAGGCCUUGGGAUGUUCUCCGAACAUUCUUCGAGGGAAUAAUCUUCAACAGCAAUGCCGAACCUGAUAGUGACUCCGUUAUAUACGCGCUGCGCGAUGGUCUGCUCGAUAUAUUCGUGAAACAUGAAACGUCCCAAAGGGCAUUAUUUGAAAUACUUAAAAAGUUUCCCACUGGCGAAGGAACCAGCCGUCCUCCGUUGACUCCUCUAAGAAGCUGUCCCGGAGUUACGCUACUGACGGAUCACAACACGCAUCAAAACGCGUCUUCUGAAGUGCUGGAAACACCUUCUUCAGUUGAGAUCGUUCAGAAAGUUCACGAUCUCUCAAGCCCGGAUGAGCCAACCGGGCACGGCGCUGGUUCCAUUCUCGCGUUAAUGCAAGCGCUUCUGCUAACCUUCCUUAGAAUCAUUGGUAGCUGGAGUCGGGAGCUGAUUUCUCUUCUUGACCCUAAGCCUAGUGCGGAUCUGCAACCCGAGCGAUCGCACUCGCGAUCGCUGAACGAGAAACCGUCCGUAUCAUUUAACCUACUGCCGGGACCGGCAGACGACGAGACCCCAUCGGAUUCCCCACAACCGGAAGCAGAUUCCCAGGGUCCGAACGAUGCCAUCGAUGAGCUACGCCAGCUACUUUUGAAAAGCUCACUGAACGGCGGCACGACUCCGAAGCGAGAUGCUGUCCCGCAUUGCUCACUUGCUUCCUCCGGUCCCUCCAAGGAUCUACCCUCGAGCCGGGAAAGGAUGUCAGCCAUGUUGUCAAAGGUGCUGAAGGAAUCCGGCGCAUUUAAGGUGACGAAACGUAGCCCCAACACGUUUCACUUCGAGCUGGAGUCUAUUUCGGGUGAUUGCGUGUGGAGCGAAGACGGCGGCGAAUGCGCCGCAUUCCACGGAAGCGUCUACGAUCACGAGGAAGGUCGUGCUUUGGUGUUCAAGACCCGGACGAUCGUUGCGGAGUCGGUUUCGAAAGUGGAAUCGCAGAUCGAGUGCGUCCAAGAGGUGCGCAAACUGUCCGAUGAUGAUGGAAUCGGUUCCGGGGAUUGUGGACUCCCCUCCGGAGAGAGUCUGGAGUGAUUGAAUCGAUUUGGUGUUUUGAAGUCAAUGAGCGUUUCUUUGAAAAUUUAGUGAAAAAAAAAUUGAUUGAUACGAAAAUUUUAUC